AUGAAGAUCGAUCCCCUUUCCGGCUUGCGGGCUCAGACGGUUCGCCGCAAGGAGCGCAGCUCCGGCGGCGGCUCGGCGUUCGCCGACGCGCUCAAGGGCGGGGCCGAGCGGGCGUCGCACACCGCCGGUGCGCCCGGCGUCGGCGCGCUCGACACCCUGCUGACGCUGCAGCAGGCCCCCGAUGCCUUGGCGGGCCGGGCCAAGGCGCGCAAGCGCGGGGAGGAUCUGCUGGAUGAGCUGGACCGCCUGCGCGUCGGCCUGCUGAUGGGUCGCGUCUCCCUGGCGGGGCUCAAGCGCCUGCAGGCGCUGCUGGGCCAGGCGCGCCCGCAGGUCGACGACCCGCGGAUCGAGCAGGUGCUGGACGAGAUCGAGACCCGCGCCGCUGUGGAACUCGCCAAGCUCGGCCAGUGA